ACGGUACCUUAAAAGCUAGUGUGUUACCGGCCGCUAGCUAUCGGGCGCAUCCGCGGCUCGCCUGCACUGCACUGUUUCGCUGGAUAUCUCGCGCCUCUGACCCGUCCCACUGCCCGCCUCGCGACGAGCUCAACUGCAAACUCCACACAGCGUCUGCAGCCGCCCCCUGGUUGCACAACCUCGCCGCUCGCCGCGGACGCGCCGGUCGCCGUAGGACUCAAGUUAGCGGCAAGACGCUACGUCAGUCGCCGCAAGACACUGUACCCAACGCGCUAUUAAAAAAACGCUCGCCGCGGACGCGACGCCGGUCGCCGCAGGACGAGACGCCGCAAGACGCUGAUACACCGCCGACGGGCUAAAAAAAGCUUUUCACGAUGGCCCACCGCCAGCGCGGUCCCCGGAACGAUGUGUUUGUCGGGAACAUCGCGUUCGGCACGACGGACGAAGACAUCCGCCGUAUUUUUAGCGAAGUGGGAAGGGUAAAAAAUGUCAGGAUGGCCGUCAACUCCGAAACAGGGAAGCCGCGCGGUUUCUGCUUCGUAGAGUAUGAUGAUGCUGCGACCGCGCUCUCCGCCAUCCGCAACCUUAACGGGAGAGAUGUAGGCGGCCGGGACCUGCGCGUCAACUUCUCGAACAACUCGGCUCUGGUCGACUACGCGUCGCGGGGCGGCAGCGGCCGCGAAAAAACAGGCGCGCAGCUGUCCGCCACCGAUAUAACCGCGCGCUUGAGCGACCGGGAGGUGUGGGACGUCGUGAGCGAGGCGAAGCGGCUGGCCGAGGGCGACGCGGAGACGCUGGGCCGAUUACUGAACGCGUCCGGCGCGCUGACCUCGGCAUUUGUGGACAUGCUCGGCACGCUGGGAAUGGUGCCCUCGGCGAAGGGCCCGUCGGCCGCCUUCGCGCCGCAGAAGCCGGUCAGCGGCUUCUCGGCGCCCCAGCCCGACGCGAUGAUGCAGCAAGUCAUGCAGCUCACGCCGGCGCAGCUCGCCCAAUUGCCGCCGGACCGCCGCGCGAAGAUCGAGGCGCUCCGCGCCCGCAUCGCGCAGGGCCUCGUGCCGGGGGCACCACCCCAGCCGACGGCUGCGGACAUAAAUAUGCUCUAGUCUU